AUGCACAACAUAUUGGAACCUCUUGUUAAAGCUACUGAUGGAGACAAGGGAGAGUGGGGAGUGCUGCGGUAUUCUAUUUCUGGGGACGGUACCGCAGCUUCUGAUAACCUCCCAAGCUCCGAUCGUUUCUCCGGCAUGAAGAUCUCAGCCGCAUCCUCCUCGAUCGAAUAUGGCCACAAGCGACGAGGAAAAAUGCACCGUGACGGAGCCGGACAGCAUAAACCGAAUACCGAGCGCAGAGUUGCAACUUUGUUUAUGGAGAACGAAGAUGGACAUUACCGGUCGCCACCUCUCCUGGAUCCAGGAGGUGUAGCAGUGAAUGGCGCUAAUGCAUCCAUAGCUAGUCAUCAGACAGAUAAAAAUAGCCAUAAACUGACUGUAAAUAGCGACUCAAGUGCAAUAAACAGAACGAAUAUAGCUGGAAAAGUCCGGUUUUCUACUGAUAACAUCCCAGAAUCAGCCGUGCACAAUUCUUAUAGAGUUGUAGAUGGCCUUUCUAAGACAUUGCAUAACACAGUCCCCAGUGAAGGCAAUCAUAACUUCUCUUCUUUAGAUCCAGAUUUACUUUCGGAAAGUGAACAUUUUCAGGACACUCAUUCGUGGGAGAAGAGAAAAGAAGCUGCCUUCACAAUUGAUCCGGUCACAGGCACAAUAAAAGUCAUGCAGCCCCUAGAUCGCGACCCGCCUCACGGGCGUGCAACGUGGCGCUUGGUGGUGACCGCGUCAGACGGGGAGCUGCAAGCCGACACCGAAGUUGUGGUCAACCUCAAAGACAUUAACGACAACGCACCGGUGUUCCUUACUGCACGUGUUGAGGCUACGGUUAUUGAGAACUCUCCUAGCGGCACGCCUGUAGUCACGAUAACAGCCGAAGACUUCGACGACAAGAACGAAGGGUCCAAUUCUAAGCUGAUUUACUCGUUGCAAAAGAAUGCUGUGGACGAAGAAACUGGCCUGGCAAUUUUCACCGUCAAUGCUUCAACAGGCAGUAUCAGCACAGCCAUGUGUUGUCUGGACAGAGAACGUGCGAGUCAUUACAGCCUAACUGUUGCUGCUACAGAUGGAGGUGGAUUGCAAGGUUCCUGUGAAGUUUUGGUAUUAGUGGCGGAUGAGAACGACGUUCCUCCGCGGUGGGGGCGAGCGGAGUGGACAGUCGAGGUUACCGAGGGCGCGCCCCUCGACCAGGUUCUCGCUACCCUCACUGUUAAGGACCCCGACACCCGCAACAGUUUGGCCUACAGGAUAGCUCCUGAUAGUGGGAGGGGCUGGCAGAUGGUGAAAAUAGAAGGGCGAACAGCUGGUGAUGGCGCUGAGCUCAGGAGUCUGGUCCCUCUUGAUUAUGAAAACCCUGACCUAAAGGACGGCUUGAAAUUCCAAAUUCAAGUCACCGAUCAGGGAACGGAUGCAUGGGAGAACAAGUACAGGGUGGGCGAAGCGACCGUCAUAGUGCGCAUAUUAGACGUUAACGACAACGCUCCAUCAUUCGAAAAAGUUCAGCAAAGCGUGCGGAUCAGCGGAGACGCGCCACUUGGAACGGUGGUGGCAAAAGUGCCUGCCUUCGAUCUGGACGAGAACAGGAAUGGCUUGGUUCGCUACAGCCUCGCUGGUAGGAGAGGAUCGAGUCCUCACUUCGGCAUCGACCACACAGGGACCAUCAGGACCAUCGGCCUAGUGGACAGAGAGGCCAUCAGCAAGCACAGCCUAGUGGUUCAUGCCACUGACCACGGAAUGCCGCCACGCCAGUCGUCCGCUACUGUAACUGUUGAAAUCGAUGACGUGAACGACAACGCCCCCAUCUUCACGGGUCCCACGUACGUGAACGUGCACAGAAAAAACAUCGAAGGCUUCACGAGUUUUUUUAACCUGACCGACCUCGAUGAUUGGAGUGUUGGCCAUGGACCUCCUUUUUCCGCCCAGCUUGAUCCAAGGGCUCCCAGCAGCAUAAGAAAGGCCGUCAGUGUCGCAUAUAAGCGAGUUGACGGGGGGCGGCCCGCCAUGACAGGCACCGUGUCCCUCACCAUCGCCGUCGUCAGCGAGGACAGCCCCAUAGCUGUCAGGGACGUCACUCUUGUUGCUCUCAGCUCUGAGAUGGAAAUCGGACAAGCCAUUCCUCUAGGCUCAGUUUCCUCAGAAGAGUCUGGCAAAGCAGAAUAUUCUUGGUCGAGAUCCCACAAGUAUUUUGUGCUGGACAAAAGAUCAGGAUACUUGUUUGCUGAAGCUGCUACUCCUUCUGGCAGCUACGGUCUGAGCAUCGCUAUUUAUGAGCCGCCUGCGCCUGACGUGCAGGCGAGCCUCAACGUGGCCGUGAGGCGGCAGGCGAGGCACCAGGCGCUCCACAGCACGCCUGUCGUUGUCGCGGCUAAACCCGCGGCGUUGAUCGACACCACGCAGACUGGCACUUCACUUCUCCAUGCACUCGAGGUGACUCUCACUCGACUAAGAUGGCGCGCAAGUCACGGAUUCUCUUUGAAUUUGACAGCCGCCGAAUUUUUGACGCAUGAACCCAGGACUCCCUCGGUUAAAGUUGUAUCGCUAGAAGGAAUCCGACAAAACUCUGACGAACAUGUCUCCAGAGUCUGGCUCGCAGACUCUACCAAAACGUCUUUAGAAUUGUUCAUUGCUUUGAAUAAAGCACAGAUAGAAGAGCACCUCGGGGUGAGCAUUCUGGGGUCUGGGAUGAGCGGAGCAGGCACUCUAGACUGCGGCAGGUCUUGCGAAUGUUGCUGCAGUCCCCGCACGGUCUUGUCUGAAGGCUACUCAAUAACUCAGACUCCGACGGCCACCUUUGUCGGUCCGAUCCUGAGCCUAGACUCCAAUUGCAAAUGCAUAAGUAAUUCGACGGUCAGUGAAGUGAACCCAACAUUGGACGAUCAGCUUGGCGGAACAUCAGGUUUAUCUCCCAGGCUUGCAGGCGAGCAAUCCUUGAACGAUCAAAGGCAAGGAGGGACGGCGACCCGAGCGCCUUAUGCUCACGCUAUGAGGAACAAGCGCGUCAACGGAAAACUUGUUGAUUGCAAUGAAAAUACCUGCCUUAAUGGAGGCAAGUGCCUGCCUUCUGCUCCUGGAUACAAGUGCGUCUGCCCAAGCCACACGAUUGGGCCUCGUUGCAAAAUCCUGACUCGGCACUUUGCCGGGAGCGAUGCGAGAGGCUCUGGGUCAUGGCUUUGGCUUCAACCUUUAAACCCUUGCUCAAAACUUCAGCUACGCUUAUUUUUACUCACCCGCUCCAAGAAUGGAACCGUACUCUCCAGCGUUGAGAAGCACGGAAAUAGGAGAGUGGGUCUGGUACUUCAACUAAAAGAAGGAAAGCCGCUUUUUCGUUUGUCCCUCAACUCGGCCGCUGUUGACGUGAGCGUCAAUACUUCUCUAGCAGACCUACGGUGGCAUCGUGUGGACAUUUUCUGGCGAAAUAAAACAGUCGAGAUGAUCAUCGACAACUGCGUAGGACAAUCCACAGAAAAUACAUUAGAAGAAGACCGUGGUCCCGGCCUAGAAGAAGACCGCGGUCCCGGCCUAGAAGAAGACCGCGGUCCCGGCCUAGAAGAAGACCGCGGUCCCAGCCUAGAAGACCGCGGUUCCGGCCUGUCCAAACAAUUCUACUGCAGAAAUGCUGUGCACGCGCAAGAUUUGACUGGCCAACUCAACACAAGAGGCGCGCCUUUGCAACUCGGAUACAUGUACGCAAGUUCCAGUGAUGCAUUGCACGAGAAUAAUGGCGAUAAACAAUCCUACUUCAAAGGAUGUCUCAGGAAUAUACGACUCAAUGGAGAGCUCUUGGAUUUGGGAGAAAAUGUGCCCAGUCAUCGAUCAGAACCUGGCUGUGUCUAUCAGAACUGCGCAGCUCUGCGCUGCCCAGCGAACUCCAA